AUGUCUACUGAAAAGCUUAGUCAUUUCAUAAGCGACCUUAGCGAAUCUACCAGUCAACAGAAGCUGUGUGUCACUAUGAAACUAACUCCAGACGAGAAAAAAUUCUUUUAUGAAUCACAUGAAACAGCUGACAGAGUUCUGAAAAUGUGGUUAAGAGUAGCACAGAUUAAGAGCGAACUUAAUUAUCUACUUUGCUCGUGA